AUGAACUCCAAGGACGACUCGAAAUGCCCAGCAGUGCUGGAGGAGCGGAGGCGCAGUCCGCUGGAUCAGCUCCCGCCGCCGGCCAUCUCCAACAAGCCGCUGACACCUUUCAGCAUCGAGGACAUCCUCAACAAGCCGUCAGUGAAAAGGAGCUACUCCCUGAGCGGGGUGGAGCGCCACAUCUCUCCCUCGGCGGGUCACCGCCUGUCAGGCCGGGCGGUGCUCAGUCAAACCUCCCCGCUCUGCGCGCUCGAGGAGCUGGCCAGCAAAACCUUCAAGGGCCUGGAGGUCAGCGUCCUGCAGGCUGCCGAGGGCCGAGACGGUCUGACGCUCUUCGGCCAGAGGAACACACCUAAGAAGCGGCGGAAGUCCCGCACGGCGUUUACCAACCACCAGAUCUACGAGCUGGAGAAGCGCUUCCUGUACCAGAAGUACCUGAGCCCGGCGGACCGGGACCAGAUCGCCCAGCAGCUGGGUCUGACCAACGCGCAGGUCAUCACCUGGUUUCAGAACCGGCGGGCCAAGCUCAAGCGGGACCUGGAGGAGAUGAAAGCGGACGUGGAGUCCGCCAAGGCCUCGGGCUGUGUGGCCUUUGAGAAGCUCUCCAAGCUGGCCGAGCUAGAGAAGUGCGCUGCUGGAGGGAUGGUUUCAGCGCCUGGCCACACCGAGCCGAACCCGGUCUCUGCCAGGUCCCACCACGACACCACCGAGAACCUCGACUCCGGCAGACCGCACAGUUCGCCUCUUUCCCCCGCAUCGUCGUGGUGCACGGGCCGGCUGAGCAGCAAGUGCUGCUCGGAGGAGGAGGAUGAGGAGAUUGACGUGGAUGACUGA